AUGGCUGGAGGGAAUGAUCCAGGUUCUGGGCCUGCUUCUAGCGUGCCUAAGAAAUCACGUCCCCCACCAUCUCCGUUCUACCUACCCUUAAACAUUACGCUCUACGCCUUCCUCUUUGUCAAUGGCCUUGCAGCAUUUUAUGCCCCAAUCCAGGACUGCGACGAGGUCUUCAAUUUCUGGGAACCGGCUCAUUAUCUACAACAUGGAUACGGACUUCAGACAUGGGAAUAUUCCCCGGUAUACUCUAUUCGAAGCUGGCUUUAUGUGUCGCUUCACGCCGUGGUCGGCAAGCUGAGCUCAUUGAUUGUCUUUUCCAAGACCACUGAGUUCUAUAUGAUUCGAAUGUUCAUGGCUAUCUUCUGUGCUGCUUGUCAGACCCGACUCUACUCUUCGAUCUGUCGAACCCUCAAUCCUCGCAUCGGCCUCUUGUUCCUCACAAUCGUCGUCUUCAGUCCCGGCAUGUUCCACGCGUCCACGGCUUUCCUGCCAUCCACUUUCACCAUGUACACAUCUAUGCUUGGUCUGGCCGCCUUCCUGGACUUGAAAGGUGGACCAAAGAUUGCUCAGGGUAUCAUGUGGUUUUCUCUUGGCGCAAUUGUCGGUUGGCCCUUCGCCGGUGCACUCAUUGUGCCUCUUCUGGCUGAGGAAGCUAUUAUUGCCCUUCUUUCUGGGUCUGUAGGCUCAUUUGUCUUGGCCGUUCUCGAUGGUGCUGUCAGGUGUCUGGGCAUUGCCGCUCUCGAGGUCGGAGUCGACUAUGCUUUCUUCCGCAAACUUGUCCUUGUUCCUUGGAAUAUUGUGGCCUAUAACGUUUUUGGGGGCCAAGGUAAAGGACCUGAGAUCUUUGGCAUCGAGCCUUGGACAUUUUACAUCCGAAACCUGCUGAUUAACUUCAAUGUUUGGUUUGUUCUCGCUUUGAUGACUGCUCCGCUUCUGGUCCUUCAGGUCAUUUUUAGCUCUCAGCCUUCCUCUGUACAGAAAUUCCGGCGCUCGAUAACACUUGCUGCGCCUUUCUACAUGUGGUUUGGUAUCUUCACAGCCCAACCUCACAAGGAAGAGCGCUUUAUGUACCCGUCCUAUCCAUUCCUUGCCCUAAACGCGGCUCUUUCCUUUCACCUUAUUCUCACCUACCUUGGUUCCAGCGAUCCAAAGGCAAUCAUCAGCCGUAUUCCGACAAAGAUCAAGCUUAUCGGAGCUUUGUAUGUCAUCAUACUGGCUGUCAAUGUCGGGAUGCUACGCAUUCUGGGAAUGGUGACUGCUUACAAUGCCCCUCUGAAGGUCCUUGAACCAUUGCAGCAGGUAAAUGUGACGGAAACAGGAGCCUCUGUCUGCUUGGGCAAGGAGUGGUACCGCUUCCCAUCCUCAUACUUUCUUCAAAACGAUAUGCGUGCGAAAUUCAUUCGAAGCGAGUUCAACGGUCUGCUCCCAGGCGAAUUUCCUGAAGCGCCAAGCCCCUUCGGCCGAUUAGAAGGAGCUUCGGAAAUCCCGUCUGGUAUGAACGACCUUAAUAUGGAAGAUCCGGACAAAUAUAUUGAUAUUUCUGAAUGCUCUUUCUUGAUCGACUCCUACUUCCCGGGACGUGAGGAGACCGAGCUGGAACCUCACUAUGUUCUCGAUACGGACCAAUGGGAAGCUCUCUCUUGUGCGAGCUUCCUAGAUACGGCUCGGACUAGCUUAAUAGGGCGGUUAAUCUGGGUCCCAGAUUUGCCCUUUAUUCCUGCUCAAUUCCAGCGCAAGUGGGGCCAGUAUUGCCUCCUCCAGCGCAAGGCCGACACCAACAUUUGA